AUGUUUAUGAUUUGCGUAUCUGGUGCCAUAGGACCUAUUUCUAACGUUACAGAGUGGUUACCAAAAGAUGUUUUUGAUCGUGCGGUCUCGUCGCUUGGAUACGGUGUCGAUGUCCAGGUAGGGGAGAUGGUAGGACAGGAUGUACCGCGAGGCUAUGGAAUCUGGGAAGGAAACAUUUUCAUGCGUUAG